UGCCCGGCUGGGAGAAGGGAGUUUGCACCUUUGGCACCCUCCUCUUCCUUCUCCUUCCUCUCCUUCAGAGGUGAUGUGAUGGUUGGCUGAGAAUUUGGGAGUAGAGCCUGUUGAGGGAUUUCUUUCCCUUGAAAGAAGAGGGAGGAAGAGCUUCUUGGAUCCAGUUUGGUUCUUCAUCAGAGUGGUUCUAACAUGGAGAGACCCAACUCACCUGGGCCUGAAGUAGGCAUGGCCGCUGGAUGCAGUGGGGAAUCCUGGAAAAGAACUAUGCAGACAUUCCUGAGUGUGGACCUUUAUAACUCAGACACACAGCUCCAGCGCUUCAGGCAUUCCUCCUUCCGAGAGGGCGAGGGACCCAGAGAGGUUUGCAGCCGCCUCCACUCUCUCUGCCGCCAGUGGCUGAAGCCAGAGCAACACACCAAGGCAGAGAUGCUGGACCUGGUGAUCCUGGAGCAGUUCCUGAGCAUCCUGCCCCCAGAGAUGGGGAGCUGGGUCCGAGAGUGUGGGGCAGAGACCUCUUCCCAGGCGGUGGCCCUGGCGGAAGGCUUCCUCCUGAGUCGGGCAGAGGACGAGAAGCAGGAAGGACAGAUCCCAAAUAACUGCAUGGAAGUCCAGUCUAAUGCCUCUGCAUGCGAGAAAUCUCCAUCAAACACCAGUCAGAGUCUUAGGCAGAAGGAGCUAAAUCAGGAAGGAGAUGAGGCUGCAGCUUUGCAGGGGGCUGGAAUGAUGUUGUGGCCAAAUCCUCAGUUGUUUCUUCUCCUUUGUGAUGGAGUGCAACUGAAUCAGGGCCCAAUCGCCUUUGAGGACGUGGCUGUCCAUUUCUCCCCGGAGGAGUGGGUUCUCCUGAGUCCUGAUCAGAAAGCCUUGCACAUGCAGAUCAUGGAGGAGAUUCAUGGGAUGGUGGACUCUCUUGAUCACUGGAAGAAGAGCAAUGUAUGCACCAAACACAAGAAAUAUUUUGUGCACAGUGGGGGCCUUCCAAGACACAAGCAAGACCACAGAGAAGAUGGAGGAUCUGCCAAAGAAAGACCCUACAAAUGCAAUGUAUGUGGGCAAUGCUUUACCAAAAUGUUGGCACUUGUGCUUCACAAGACACUCCAUGCUGAGAACAGCCAUCUUAAAACAAACAUAUCAGAAAAAUGUGUUGCUGAUUACAAAUUGCCACAUCUGAGCCAAGAAGAAAUAUUUGAAGGAACUGAUGAUUUCAUAAGCCAGGAGUGUGGCAAAUCUUUUAUCCAGAGUUCACACUUGGUGAUACAUGAGGGAUUUCACACAGGACAAGAACCAUACAGAUGCCAGGAGUAUGGCAAAUGUUUUGCUUCCAGUUCAGACUUGGUGAGGCACAAAAUACUUCAUACAGGAAAGAAGCUACACAAAUGCCAGGAGUGUGGGAAGUGUUUUGCUCGCAGUUCACAACUAGUGAGCCACAAAAGACUCCACACAGGAGAGAAGCCAUACCAAUGCCAGGAAUGUGGGAAAUGUUUUACUGACAGUUCACACUUGGUGAGGCACAAAAGGCUUCACACAGGAGAGAAGCCAUACCAAUGCCAGGAGUGUGGGAAAUGUUUUGCUGACAGUUCAGACAUGGUGAGGCACAAAAGACUUCACACAGGGGAGAAGCCACACAAAUGCCAGGAGUGUGGGAAAUGUUUUACAGACAGUUCACACUUGGUGAGGCACAAAAGACUUCACACAGGAGAAAAGCCACACCAAUGCCAGGAAUGUGGGAAAUGUUUUGCUCACAAUUCACACUUGGUGAGGCACAAAAGACUUCACACAGGAGAGAAGCCCUACCAAUGCCAGGAGUGUGGGAAAUGUUUUGCUCGCAGUUCACACUUGGUGAGGCACAAAAUUCUUCACACAGGAGAGAAGCCAUACCAAUGCCAGGAGUGUGGGAAAUGUUUUGCUUACAGUUCAGACUUGGUGAGGCACAAAAGAGUCCACACAGGAGAGAAGCCGUACCAAUGCCAGGAGUGUGGUGAUUGCUUUGCUGAGAGUUCACACCUGGUGAGGCACAAAAGACUCCACACAGGAGGGAAGCCUCACCAAUGCCAGGAGUGUGGUGAUUGCUUUGCUCAGAGUUCACACCUGGUUAGCCACAAAAUACUUCACACAGAAGAGAAGCCAUACCAAUGCCAGGAGUAUGAGAAAUGUUUUGCACAGAAUGCACACUUUAUAGACCUUUGGAGACCCCACACAGGAGAGAAACCAUAGAAAUGCCAAGAGUUUUAGAAAUGUUUUCUUUGCAAGUCAUCACUACUGAGACACCGGAGCAUCCACACCGGAGAAAAACCAUACAGAUGCCCAGAUUGUGAGAAAUGUUUUUCCUACAGUUCACACUUUGUGAAGCACAAAAGACUUAACACAGGAGAGAAGCCACACAAACGGCAAGAGUGUGGAAUACAUUUUGUUCAAAAUUCAUUCCUUGUGAGCCACCAGAGAGUUCACACAGGAGAAAAACCAUACAGAUGCACAGAUUGUGGAAAAUGUUUUACUCAGACUUCAUCUCUUAUCAAACACCAGAGAAUACACGUGGACUAAAAAACAUACCAAAGCCAGGAGUGUGGGAAAUGUUUUGUUUGAAGUUCAUACCUUUUGAACUAUUGCAGACUAUGUACAGGAGAGAAAUCAUCCAAAGAGCUUGAACAAAACUAAAAAAAAAAUGAAUUGCAACAGGCAGGCAUGUAGCCAGGGGGAGGGGGGGGCUAUAGGGGCUUCAGCCCCCCCCCCCCGAAAUUCUCAUGCUGGUCUGCGAGAAGGCCUUACUGGUACAUUAUUUAAUCUGUUAUGUUUAUUAAUAUCAUGAUCUGAUCACCAUUCUCAAUAUAUCCCAUAUGCAUGGGGGUAUUGGGGUCACGAUUCAAAAGGUUUGCUAGGGUAGACCCUCUUUCACCCAGACUCAG